AUGAGCGAGCAAGGUUUGUCACCCGAGCCCGUGACCAUUGUGGUCGAGCAUUUGGACCCCGAGCUGGGCGCUUGGUCCGCCUUGGAGUAUGGCUGCAUUGCCCGGGAAUCACACUCAGCGGGGAGCAAAUUUCUCCUCAGCUCGGUGCCCAUCUCUUUACAGAUGCCAGAAGACCUGACUGCUACCCCAGGGCUUGGGGUCGAGCAUCGCAGUGUGGAGGAGGUCUUUGCAGACCGGAAAUCAAGGGUCUGUCUGUUGGACCCGUCUGCUCAGGUUGAGCUGAGUCCUGCCGAUGCGGAGACUUUUGAUGUCUUUCUCUUUGGGGGUAUCCUGGGUGAUGACCCUCCCCGUGAUCGGACCUCCGAACUGCGCAAGAAGGGCUAUGCCGGAAGAAGGCUGGGCCCUAAGCAGAUGACCACGGACACGGCGGUGCGUGUUACGCGCAUGGUUGUGCAUGAGAAAGUGCCUCUGGAGAAAAUCUCAUACAUUGACGACCCGGAGAUUCUGAUCAACGAGCAUGAACGCACCGAGAUGCCCUUCCGCUAUGUAAAGGGAGAGGAUGGUGAACCAAUUAUGCCCAGAGGGAUGGUUGACUUGAUCAAGAAGGAUGCCGACCAGGGCAUCGAUGAUCUUGUUUAA